UAUAUGGAUUUUCAAUAGACAAGUUACUAAAGCGUCGAUUUAGCUUCAUCCCUAGCUACUAGCUAGCACUUUCACUUCCGUUAAUUUAACAGUAGACCAUUAACUUGAAAAUUUCAAAACACCGCAUCAAAAUUUUCUUCUGAAGGCACUACCGAAGAAUGGCUGUUUUUGCAUCUUCAUCAUCUUUACAAACCCAUUUGCAUUCCUCGCUCUUGGCACCUUCUUUUGAAGGUGCACAUGAUCACAACUCGUGGUGGGUGCGAGCGAGAUCACAGAAACGCAUUGGUCAAAGAUUACACACACAGGACAUAGCUAGAGGGCUGAGAAUAAAAGUCCAGAGUGCAGCAACAAAACCAGCAAAAUCUCCAGCUGAAGAAGAUUGGAAGGUUAAGCGAGAAUUUCUGCUUCAGAAAAGGGUAAGAAGUGUGGAAGUAAAGGAAGCUCUGCGCCUUCAGAAAGAAAACAGUUUUGUAUUACUUGAUGUAAGACCAGAAGCAGAGUUCAAGGAGGCACAUCCUCCAGGUGCAAUCAAUGUGCAAAUAUAUAGGCUCAUAAAAGAGUGGACAGCAUGGGACAUUGCAAGACGUGCUGCAUUUUUGUUUUUUGGUAUUUUUUCUGGGACAGAAGAGAACCCUGAGUUCAUCAAGAAUGUUGAAGCAAAAAUAGAUAAAGAUGCAAAGAUAAUAGUAGCUUGCACAUCAGGGGGUACAUUGAGACCAUCACAAAAUUUGCCCGAAGGUCAACAAUCAAGGUCACUUAUAGCAGCGUACCUGUUGGUCCUUAACGGUUAUACCAAUGUCUUUCAUCUAGAAGGUGGAUUGUACAAAUGGUUCAAAGAGGAACUGCCAACUGUUUCAGAGGAGUGAAGCUAGUGCCAAAAGUGUUCUUGUAGUCAUGUGGUGAUGCCUAAUUUUAAUUGUAAUUAGUGACAAUGCUGACAAAUUUCAAGAAAUGAACUGAUGAACUAAACUGUGACUGUUGAACAGGUGAGGAAAACUAUUGUUCAAAAAUUGACAAUUUAAUUAAAAAAAAACUGAUAAAUUAUUCGGUCCGGGUUGCUUUCA